UAGGGUCCAAAAUGUCAUUUUUCUGGGUUUUGGGGUCAUUCUGGGCUCUUACAAAUGAUUUAAGUUCAAUGUGAUCACCCCUACAUGUUCAACAUACAUGGAAGUGUCCUUUUUUGCAGGGAUUGCUGGGAAGAAGAAGGAGGCUGUCGAGGUAGAGUCUUUGGAGAGGGAGGUGUAGCCAUAGACACUCUCAAAAAGGAAUCACCCUUAUAAGGACCAGUGUCCCUUCUUACUGUAACAACGGCAAGACCAGAAUCCAGUGCUAGCCUAAGCAGAAGAAGAUAUUUGAUACAUCUCCACAUCUGCACCGCAAGGACAACAUGAUGGACGAGGAUAUCAUCGAGGACCAUGCUAAGCUGAAGCAGGGCCUGGUCAAAGUGCUCCAGUGUGUGGCCACUAUCUCUUCAGCAGCAGCUGUGGUCAACCCCAUUUUUGGCGUGGCGGGUUCCCUGAUCCGGGUGGUGCUGCACCACGUUGACGACGAGGACAUCCGCACCCUGAAGCGUGAGUUCGGCUCAGUCAACCGAGCGCUGGAUGAGCUCUCGCAGAAAAACCGCAACGCGCUGAUGCAGAUCAAGAAAGAAACACUGGACGGCCAGUACUGCCGUGUGGAGGAGAACCUGAAGAACCAGUUCAGGAAAUUCAUGGAGAUGGUGGAGGCGCGGCCGGAGCACCGCGAACGCAAGAAGUGCGACUUCGAAGACAGCUAUUCCAAUGACUUGGGAGACCAGAACCUGCACACGCUCUACGACGGCGUGGUGGGCAAACCGAAGCUCUUCAGCAGACCCAUCCUGGAAGUCUACCUGAAGCACUCGCUACGCGACCGUCGCACGAUGGAGCACCUCUGCAAACGCCUCACAUGUCUGUUCUGCAUCGGCCUCAUUGCACUCAUGGGAUACGCUGCCGUCAUCGGAGACGACGAGGAGGGCCUGACCGAGGAGUGGGCCGAGAAGAUGGAGCACGUGCAAGAGAAGAUGCAGGAGGCUCUGAGCAUGUGCACUUGAAGAAGAACAAGCUGCUGUUCCUUCGUAUUCAGGAAUCGCAUGUCCAAAUUCCCUGUGUAACUCUUUCCUCUUAGCUUUUUUCUCUCCCAGUAAGCACUUUUCUGAACAUCUACUUCACUGCUUGACAACCCAGUGAUAAAAAGCAACAAUAGGCCUCAUUCUUUGCUAAGUUUGAUGAGUCCAAACUUUGCUCUUCCGGUCGCACCAUGUAUGUUCUGUCCAGGUUAAGCACUACAGUGGUUUUAAUUGAUUGACAACACUAAGAUAAAUAGGACAUGAGAGCAUUAUAACUAAUCAUAAAUCUACUUUGAAAGCUAAAUGAUUAGCAUUGUAGUGACAGAUUUAUAUCACGCAAGAUAUCACUGACAUCUAUAACUCAGUCUUUAACAUAAAUGUACGUAGAUUCAGUUUGUUGUAUUGCGAUGCAUCCCCGCAUUAUGUACUUUCUUUUGUUUUACACUACAUGUUGUUUCGAAUUGACAACUAGCCUGGCCAUGCAAGUUUAGAGAGGAACAGGAAACAAGCUUCAUUACAAUGUUACUCCACUAGAGGGCCUCAUGUCAGAUCCUCAAAGUGAUAUAAGGCUACAUCAUCUGUUGAGAUGUCUUAUAAAGACAGGUUGAGCUAUCAAUCAAGUUAUAACAUAAAAAGCAAAAAAAAACAUGGAACAAAUAUUUCCUGCGCUAUGAAUGUAACUACAGAUAUGAAAUCAUUUAAUCAUUAUCAAGCACUACAAAUGAUCAUACUAGUUCUGCAACAUACCAAAACAUGUGCCACAGAUUGUUUGUUUUCCAUGCAUGCUGUGACUACCCAUAACUGAUUCAUAUUUGUUUUUUACUUUCUAAAUGGGGUAUUGUAGGAAAGUUGAAGUCCCUGGAUGAAUCCUUCCACUGUUUAAUUAUCUGUAACAUGUGCAAGAGGUGCACCAAGUAGGGUUGUAACAUAUAGAUACAAUUAUAAAUGGGUUGUUCUUUGCUGUACAUCCAAAUUGACCCUAUAUAUACGAUUGAAUAUCCAUUAUUUGAGGCAUUUUAUAUUUUAUACAAAGGUAAGAUUUAUUUUCUCUUCUCAUUUACUUCCUCAUAUGACCAGGAGUGCCUACAUUUGCAAGUUUUGUAUUUUUGUUUUAAUCAUUUAGUGUGCAGCACUAGUUAUGAAUGGUUUAUACACUACAGUUCAUAUGUCAAAGUUGUGGUUAAAGUCCUUUUUGUAAGUGUGUGUCUAUUUUAUUUGUUUGUUUUAGCAACGGCUGUUAUCUACAGUUCCAGGUGGGUCAAUUUAACGUCAAUGUAAAAAACUAUAUCUGAAUAUCAUCAUGUUUCUCAAACUUUACUCCUUUUUACUCUCAUCACUUCAACACAUAACUCCUAAAGUGGUUUAUUGUUCUGUGGCUUUGCCCCGACUCUCAUUUUUACAACAGAUUCCGUAUACGCAACGUGAACACAGUCAGAAUGCUGUCGAUAUGGAGGACCAUAUGAGAACCUCAAGGCUUUUUUGAAAUGCCAUAUUUGUGAAUAUGUUGCCUUUUUUUGUUAUGAAUCUUUGAUGCCUGGUUGUAUAUGUACCACUAUAAAUAAACACGAGUGAAUAAUA